AUGCGAGUAGCACUCUUAUCUGCAGCUUUGGCCGGCGCGGCUUUCGCUGCUCCUCAUUAUUCGUCUCUCAAAGCCCGACGACUGCUUGGAUCAUCCUUUGGUGUUCCGGGAGAUAACCGAACCUUCGACUAUGUAGUUGUCGGCGGUGGAACUGCUGGCUUGACAAUCGCGACGAGGCUGGUGGAAGCGAAAGCUGGAACGGUGGCCGUGAUUGAAGCCGGUUCGUUCUACGAGAUCUUCAAUUCCAAUAUUAGUCAAGUCCCCGCAACGGACGGUGCUUUUGCUGGGAAGGGAGAGAAGGACUGGCAGCCUCUGAUUGAUUGGGGGUAUAUGACUACUCCUCAAGUUGGCGCGCUCAAUGACUCUAUUCACUACACGCGAGGAAAGGCGCUUGGAGGUAGUUCGGCCAGGAAUUAUAUGCUCUAUCAACGGGGCACCGAAUCAUCGUACGAUAUGUGGGCCGAACAGGUCGGAGAUGACACUUUCAAGUGGGAAAGCUUCAAGCCGUACUUUGAGAAGAGCAUCACCUAUUCGCCUCCCAGGGAAGAUUUGCGAUUUACCAACGCGACGCCUUCCAUCGAUGACUGUACUCUCGGUCGCGAAGGGCCCCUUUCCGUUAUCCACGCUCACUACGCCCAAGCCUUCGCCACAUGGGCCACCAAGGGUUUUACUGAAAUGGGCAUUGAUAUCAUUCCAGGGUUUCUUAACGGUUCACUGUUGGGCCAAUCGUACGCCACAUUUACCAUCAACGCGAACACCAGCCUCCGUGACUCGUCGGAAACAGCUUUUCUUCAACGGUCGCUCAACAAUCCCAACUAUACAGUAUACACACGUGCAAUGGCCAAGCGACUCUUAUUCAACAGCGACCCGACCCCGAAAGUAACUGGAGUGCUUGUUGACACCGAGGGCUUCGAAUACAUUCUUUCGGCACGGAAGGAAGUCAUAUUGACAGCCGGUGUCUUUGGUUCGCCUCAGCUGCUCCAGGUAUCGGGAAUCGGUCCAGCGGAGGUGCUCGAACCAGCAGGUGUGCCCAUUUUGGUCGAUCUACCAGGCGUUGGCCGCGGUAUGCAGGAUCACAUCUAUUUCGGUGUCUCUCACCGUGUCAACGCGCCCACACUUUCAGCUCUGCAAUUUCCAGACUUUGCAGCAAAACAAGCGGUAGAGUUCAAUACCCGUGCCGCCGGUAUGUACUCGAAUCCCACGUCUGACGCGGUCGCUUGGGAAAAGGUUCCUGCGCACCUUCGCUCGAGCAUGUCCAAUUCCACCUUGUCUAUCCUGAGCCAGUAUCCUGAGGACUGGCCCGAGAUUGAGUAUAUUUCAAUGGGCGCAUUUGUUGGGUUCCAGGAAGACUCGCGCCGCGGCGACCCAGGCGACGGAUUCAACUACGCCACUCUCGUGCUCGCACUAUGCACACCUAGGUCUCGUGGCACAGUCACCAUCACAUCACCAGACACCUACACUGCACCUGAAAUCAACCCAAAUUUUCUGGUCGAACAAGCAGAUGUCGAUGUCUCAGUUGCAGCGUUCAAGCGAGCCCGCGAGUUCUGGGCUACGGACGCUCUGGCCGACUUCAAGCUCGGUGACGAAUCCUUCCCUGGUAUCCAAGUAGAAUCGGAUGCGCAGAUCCUGGAAACGCUACAGCGAAGCUAUAACACUAUCUACCAUGGCGCCUGUACCUGUGCCAUGGGCCGUAGUAACGACAGCAUGGCCGUUGUGGAUACGGAGGCGAGAGUGUUUGGUGUGCACGGGCUGAGGGUGGUGGAUGCUUCGUCGUUUCCGCUCUUGCCGCCUGGACAUCCCCAGGCCACCGUUUUGUGCAAUGGGUAG